AUAUUUCAUUCAUCAUGUGGGGAUGAUCGUCGAAGUGGGGUAUUUGGGGCGUAUCUUACAAAAAUUAAAACCAUAAUUCGCAAUAUAUUAUGCUUUUUAAGAGACUAGUAUUCAAUAUCAGGCGACACAAUGGCUCAAUCUAAUUUCAGUGCGGUUGAUGAAUACGGGUUUGAGAGGCACGAGGACUUCGACUAUGAGAGCUAUGAGGACUUCAUGUCGAAUUAUUUAAAAGUUUUAGCCACAAGGGCGCAGAAAUGGUCCACGCUGCUCGGCGAAGGAAAGUCGGUCAAACGCACCAACACUGUAAAAAGAUACGUUCGCAAAGGAGUACCCAGUGAACACCGGCCGUCAGUAUGGAUGGCAAUUUCUCAAGCGGAAAUGAUGAAAGAACAAUGUCCUGAUUUAUACCAAAAAAUACUAGAUGGCCCAUUUGAGAAGGAGCUGGUGGACCUGGUGAAGACAGACCUUCCUCGCACCUUUCCGGAUAACAUAUAUUUUACUAAGGAGGCCAACCACCAGACACACCUGUUCAACAUACUUAUAGCUUACGCACACAACAACAGGGUCGUUGGAUAUUGUCAGGGACUCAAUUAUAUUGCAGGUUUACUGCUACUGGCAACAAAAAGCGAAGAAACAUCAUUCUGGCUGCUAAAAGUGCUAGUUGAGAAGAUCUUGCCGGACUACUACACGCGGACAAUGGAUGGCCUCAUCGUAGACAUAGAGGUGCUGUCCGAACUAGUCAAAACCAAAGUGCCCGACGUGCACCAACAUGUUAUUAAUCUGGGACUCCCAUGGGCAGUAAUAACAACCAAAUGGUUCGUCUGCCUAUUCGCCGAAGUACUACCCAUAGAGACAGUCCUGCGGAUAUGGGACUGUCUGUUCUACGAGGGCUCGAAGAUCUUGUUCCGGGUGUGUCUGACCCUGAUCAAGAACAACCGAGCUGAGAUAAUGUCCUGUAACGACUUCACCUCCCUGGCGGAGUGCUUUAAAGCUAUCGUGAAGAACGCCAGUGCGUUACACUGUCAUGAGUUUAUGCAGUCAAUCUUCAAAGUACCUGGCACACUCUCCAACGCAACUAUAAUCAAACUGAGAGCGAGGUUCGCGAAGCAGCGUCGCGAGCAGCAACAGAAGGAGCCGCCGCGGUGAAUGCUCGGCGCCCGCGCUCCACCUGAUCUCAAUCCACAACCAAAUUGUACAUGUUACACCACUACUUAACAACUACUUAUAAAUGACAACAUAUAUUUUUGAUCUCUAUACUUUUUAACAACAAAUAAAUGAGGUCUCAACAUUUAAUUCACUGUCAUUAGGUUGCCCUGAGAUAUUAGAAAUUUUAUUCGAAAAAUUAGCAAUAAGCUAUUGAAUUAUUUACAUUGAUAGCUUGUUCAGUUAUUUUGAAGGCUUUUUUAUAACAUGGCGCUCGUUUUUAUCGCCGUUAUUAUGAAUCAAAAGUAUAUUUAUCUAGCUUGUUGCGAUUUUGUACAAACCUUACUAGUCUUUAUAGCGUUGCAUGUUUAGUGGGUCUUCAUUGGAACCAGCGAAGUACUGGAUUUACGGGAAGGACUUUUAUUUCCAGCAGUCAUGACAAUCUCCUGAGACUAAUGUACCAUUACAAUAUGUACAACUGGUGUUUACGAUGUUGUAGUGUGCACUUAGCCUUAUAUGCAUAUUUGCAAUUGACUUUUGCUAAGUUACUAUUAAGUUAUAAUGUUGUUUCGCAUAUCAUUAAAGUAUUUUUGUAAUAGUAUUAUUUUUGUUGUUCAUUUAAGCGUCAGUUGAUUAGUUAUGUACCUGUAAUAAUUACGUAGGGUAUGAACAAUGUGAGCAUUUUAUUACAUAAAUAAUUUCUAAAUUAAACAUGACAUGUUAAUUAUUUGUGUUGUUCUUGUUGCAACAUAAAAUUACAUUAUAAAUGGAUUCAGUUUCCUAGAUGAACAAACAUUUAGUAAUAUAAAAUAAUAAUGUAGGUUAAUUAUUGAUAUUUUCAUAGUUACAUCUAGUUAUGGCUUUGCCAACUUUAUCAUUUGUAAGUUUUUUUUUUUUAUUUAUUUGCAUAAUGCAUAUAUUUUUUCUAUAUGUCAUUGAGUAAAUUAGGUGCUAGGUAUUACAUUUUCUAAAUAUUUAAAAUAUUCAACUUUACCAAGUAGCUACAAAAAUGAAAUAGUCAAUGAUAUUAAUAAAUACACAACUCUUUUCAAAUAUAAACUGAAUACAAAAUAUCUACACAACAUUAAUAGAAUAUUUCAAACCACCUUUAUCUUUAUAGUUCAUAUUUUUGCUACAUCUUUAGGUUUAAAUGGCUUGAAUUAUAUUUUUACGCAGUUAGUAAAUUAUUUGCUCAAAAUUGUCUGUGUUAAUGAGAAUAGGUCCUGUCAUACAAGAAUACAUCAUUUUAUGAAAAUGUAUGUAUUCCUAAUGUUCCCUAAUAUUCUGCUUGUGUACACAUUCACAUUGUCAAUACACAAUUAGGCUUAAUACUCUCUAGGACCAUGCAUCAUUUAGUUGAUACCUAAAUGUGACAAUAAUUAUCACAUAUCCAUUAAUAUAAACUGCAGAGACAUUGCACCUACGUUUCAUGCAGACCUUGCAAUGUACUGCAGUAUAAUUUUCACUGCCAUAAGUUGAUCAGUAGACAUUUCAAGUUUGCAUCAUGUAGCAUUGUGCCACAUAAUUAUAAUUAUAUCUAGCAAAAUAAAUUAUUAAUCUGUUAUAUCAACAAGCUUUUCAAGCCAAACAAAAAUUAUAAUGUUCCCGUAAUACUUUAUUAUAUUUGUAGUAAAAUUGCUUUCAAAUUCAACUAAUCGGUAAUCAUAAUGCAAAGGUCACUAGUGAGUAGGGUUUAUAAAAUGUACUCUCUCAUAAAGUUUCACAUUCAUUAUUGUAGAAUGUGUAAAUGUAUUUUUAUAAAAAAUACAGUUUUGAUGGUUUCUCUUGGAUCCUUGUGUAUUGUGCUGUGAUUAGCAAGCUGUUCUGCCUGAUUCCAAUUAACUGUGUUAGGAUACUCCAUAGUAUAUGUUUGGAUGUUCAUUGUGACAGAAUAGACUAUUGAGAUGUU